UGGGCUGUGUUUAAAAAUAAACAUCAAGCUUGAUAAGUGUUAAGUUAGUCGUGCGAACAAACAACGUCACUAGGAUUCUGCGACAUUUGAUGAAAAGGCGAUAGGAUUCCAUUCCUCGAGUACGUAAAAAACUGUGAAUCAAGCAACCACUGGCAGCUGCUUCUUCUCGUGCUGCGCAUUCAAGCUGAAAAAAAGAUAAAAAUUGCCUGAGCCGACCAGGUCGAGAAAGAGAGUGAGAGAGAAAGAGAAGAAGGAACGCAGUGCGCGCGAGUAAGAGUGUGAGAAUCGGCUGUACGGCUUGAGAAUUGUCAAAAAUUUUCGCAACCGAAGGAGCAGAACGUUCCGGAUGAAUUCUGUACGAAAAGCAAAAGCGGAAGCAGCAGAUACGGACCACGGCGACGGUGGUGAACGGCCGACGGCACCAGCAGCAGUUCCGCCACGGUGUGCGCCCUUCGUUCUUAUCCGCAGCAAUUGAUUUAGGGGGUUUUCCUCCCCAGUAGGCCGCAAUUGCUUAGUUGCACGGCAUACCGCAUAGCUUAUUUGUCCGAUUUUAGUUUCCCUCGUUCUUCCACCGCCGUUCGUCCAUAGUGCUUAUGUUGUGUUAUUGCGGAAUCGAUGUGUCAAAAGACCAAUCGUCCGUAUCUUCUGUAAUACGACUGUGUUCUGGUGUGAAUUGAAACAAAACGCAGAAACACCCAUCGUCAUGCUACAACAACUGCGAAAGGUGGCGAUAGUUGCAUAAGCUGGGACCAUCACGGCUUUGACACCAACAACAGGAUCCAGGAUCCUAGUUGGGAUUAUUGUUUGAAGCAGUGCGUAAAAAGUGUGUGUGUGUGUGGGGCGGAUUGGGAGAAAAAUCGCCAUCAAAUCGGUACAACUGCUUGGAGGAAAACGGCGGAAGGAAAAAGAAGGAUCAGCAUAGAUAAAACAGAAGCAACAAUAAACAACAAAGAACAGCAGUGCCAGCAACAACAGUGGACCAACGUUUUGCAGUGUGUGUGUGUGCGUGUGUUGUGUGGUGGUAAACCGACGUUUUUAUCGCGAGUGCGCGCGGUAGUCUGACAGAGAAAAGGAAGAAACCGUUUAUUUAGUGUUUCGGUCUCGUGUUUCACGUGCAACUCGCGCUUGCUUUGUGUUGGUCAGAAGGAUUACCUUGUCCUUUGUGCGCUAGAAUAAGCAGGAGCAAUAAUACGGUGUUUUUGACAGGUCCGAAACAGCAGCAACAGCAGCAAUAGUAGCAGCAACAGCAGAAGCAGCAGCAGCAACAACAGAAAGCAGUAGAAGCAGGCGGUGCAGAAGUGUUUCCGGUAGAGAGGGCGAGCAGCAAAAGCAAUGAACACAAAAGCCGAUACGAACCGACACGUACUGACGAUACAGGCGAAAAAGAAACGGCAUAAGACGGCUAAGAAGAAGGCGAAGCAGCAAGCGGCGGCAGCAGUGGCGGCGGCGGCGCAGGCAGCCGCGCAGAACAGCGGCAACAGCAUCGGAGGAGGUGGAGGUGGAGGUAGCAAUCACCAGUCGGCUACAACGACGGCGGUCAGUGGCGGUGGUGCCUUCGUGAGCGCCGGUGCAGUCGGCGGCCGCGAGGACGACGAGCAUGACGGCAUGAUGCUCGGAGCGAGUGCGCCGGACGGUGUUGGUGGUGUGUUGAUGCAGCAGCAGCAGCAGCAGCAGCAGCAGCAUCGUGCGUCAGACGUUCGGAAGGGUGCGGUCGGGGCGGCCAAACCGGUCCAUUCGGUGGACCGCACGACGAGCUCAUCGAACGAAACGAUUGAGCAAGAUCGGGACCGUGGCGAUCGGGACCGGGACCGGGACCGCGACCGGGAUCGCGAUGACGACGACGCUGGCGACGACCGGGACGCUGAUGGGUACACGAGCGAGGAGGAAGAGCAGGAGUGCCGUGAUGACUACUGCCGUGGCGGUUAUCAUCCCGUGAAGUUGGGCGAUUUGUUUCUGCAGCGCUACCACGUAAUAAGGAAGCUCGGUUGGGGCCAUUUCUCGACGGUGUGGCUCAGCUGGGACCUGGAGGAGAAGCGGUACGUGGCGCUGAAGAUCGUCAAGUCGGCGCAGCACUUCAGCGACACGGCGAAGGACGAGAUUCACAUCCUCAAGUCGAUCCUGAACGCGGACCCGACCGACCCGAAACGAAGCAAGGUGGUGCAGCUACUCAACGACUUUCGGAUAACGGGCGUCAACGGUACGCACAUCUGCAUGGUGUUCGAGGUGCUCGGUCACAAUCUACUGAAGCUGAUCAUGAAGUCGAACUACCGCGGGAUUCCGCUUGCUAACGUCAAGUCCAUCAUCCGGCAGGUGCUUGAGGGGUUGGACUAUCUGCAUACCAAGUGUAAGAUCAUCCACACCGACAUCAAGCCGGAGAACGUGCUGGUGUGCGUCAACGAAAGCUACGUUCGAAAGCUGGCCUGCGAAGCGACGGAGAUGCACGCGAUGGGCUGCAAGCUGCCGAUUUCCCUCAUCUCGGCCGCACCGCCUCAGUUCCAGGAGCAACCGGUCAGCACGAACAUGAGCAAGGCGAGGAAAAAGAAGAUGAAGAAGAAAGCGAAACUGCAGACGGAGCUGAUCCGGCAGCAGAUGGAGCACAUCCAGCAGCUCGAGUUCGGCGCACUGGAGAACGGAACCACAGAAGCCACCAGCCCGGAGCAGCUAAAAAUCGGGGGUGGCAGUGGUGAUGGACUCACGAGAGACGGCAAGGGUCGAACAGAGAGUGUCACUACGGAAAAGUCGUCGACCGACUUGACAACGACGACGGGGAAACAAAUGUCCGAAACGACGCGAUUGUUACUGAAUGGAACUGCAGGUGGUGGAUCCGAAGGCCUUGGUGCCGGCGGUGGUGGAUCAUCGUCGUCGGGCGAGGAAGAUCGGCCAACCUUGACGCCGAACGCAUCGACCCUUUCCAGUCCAUCGGUCAGCGAGGCGACUUCCUCGAACAACAACGAGGACCAUGGCGGAGGAGAAGGAGAAGGUACGCAGGCGGGUGACAUAAAGUGCAGCGGCGACGGUGCCGGUUCACCGGACGACUGCAAGUCCCCGGAGAAACCUUCCUCCUCCUGUGCCAACUCGGUCACGUCCGCCUCGAAGCUCGACAUCAGCGAAUCGGUGCGGAAGAUUCUCUCCUCGGUGAAGGAAUGCAAGGACCCGGCGUUCGAGGUGUGCGACAUCGACGUGAAGAUAGCGGACCUGGGCAACGCGUGCUGGGUGGACAAGCACUUUACCGAGGACAUCCAGACGCGCCAAUACCGCUCGCUGGAGGUCAUCAUCGGUGCCGGCUACGACACGUCCGCCGACAUCUGGAGUACGGCGUGCAUGGCGUUCGAGCUGGCCACCGGCGACUACCUGUUCGAGCCGUACUCGGGCAACGACUACUGCCGGGACGACGACCACAUCGCGCACAUCAUCGAGCUGCUCGGACCAAUCCCGAAACGGAUCGCGUUGUCCGGCAAAAACUCGAGCCAUGCGUUCAACUCCAAGGGCCUGCUGAAGAACAUCACCGGCCUGAAGCCAUGGGGCCUGGUCGACGUGCUGAUUGAGAAGUACGAGUGGCCGGUGGCCGAUGCUUAUGAAUUCAGCGACUUCCUCAAGCCGAUGCUGGACUACGAUCCGCGGACGCGUGCCACCGCCGCCGACUGUCUUCAGCACUCCUGGCUACGGCAUUGAUGUGAGGAGGAGGCCCUUGCUGGCGAAUCAUGUUGUGGGUUGUGAUCGUGCCCGGCUGAACUCAAGUAUGUUACAAUGAAAUAAUAAUGUGCGUGUGUGGGAAAGAGGAGUUGUGUGGCUGGAAGGCAACCUCUCCGGGAGUGUUUCUUGUUGAUGAUGGGCUCUGAGGAAGUGACGGUGCGAUGCGUUUCGGUGAAUUGUAGAAAUAUAUGUUAAGCUGUAGCCUAUGAAAGCUCUAGCCUUUUACGGAAAAGCAACGGAAGCGAUGCAAACACUAAUCAAUUGAGGGGCAAAUCACGUUGACUGAAGCCAAACGACGGAGCCUAAGCUGUGUGGAAAUGUCGGUCGGAGUCGGUUUGUUGGUUUGGUAGCUGGAAAAGAAACCGAUUGUUUUUUUCUGUUUUGUUUUGCGUUGAAGCACACACGAAGAAAGAACGCAAAAAGAAUGCAAAUGCCCGAGAGUGGAUGUAAUUUAUAGUGUUCCCGGCGCAUGAGGUGGAAUUCACUGGUGCACACAUGCUCAGUAGACGGAAACAGUGCACCUUGCGUAGGUCUUGAGGCAGGAGAUUGGAUAUGUGCUCUCAAGUGUAGCUGGCAAACUGGAAUUGGAAAUGUGUACGCAAUAGAGAAGCUGUAAACUAAUAACUGUUAAAUAGAUCCUGAGGAAUAAUGAAGGUUUGUGUAGGAAAUAUAUCCCCACACCAAACGAUCAGCUUUACAAGAUAGAACAAUACAUGGAAAUAGAUUAAAAAAACGAAAACAUCAAUGUGCCGUGUGUGCCCUCGAUUAGCGAACCUUCAACCUACAGUUUGGAUUUUGAUGCAACAGCGCUGGCUUCCUUAAAAGUGGCCGUCGCUGGGCAGAGAAGCAAAGAGUAUGAACAUCUCACCAUCAGCCAGCAAUCAUCUUGGCCACAAUAUGGAUUCCUCCGCGAACGUUGGAACGUGAGCAAGACAACCGCAACCGGCCAGACAGGAGGGAUGGCCAAGGGAAACGUUGGAAAUAACCUUUUGAAAAACGAAUAAGGAAUUAUUGAAAUAUUAAUUUACGAACCAGGAAUCAGGUAAACACAUUUUUAAACGGAUAUUAGGCAACAAUGAAACAGGAAUACAACCGUUCGUAGGAAGUAGGAUCUUAAUCUUUAUCGUUAUUGUACCUCCCACUUAUGAAAGCUCCGGAAUAUACUGUCCUAAAAUAUUUGUUAAAAGAAAACUUCUUAGGUUCAGAGUGAUGCAAAAAAAUGGUCUAUUGUGAGCUGAUGCGAAAAAGAGUUGGUACAGUCAGUCGCAUCCAGAGAGAAAAGUGGUGAAAUUCUCGACUGUUGUGCCAUUUGCACUUUUUUUUUCUUCUACCACGGAUACACCAAGCCACACACACACACACACAUCCCAGUAACACGGAACCAACCAACCAACCUUCCUAUGCACACGCGGAGCUGUUGCCAACAACCAUUUGGGAUUGGCAUAGAUUUUAUACCGUUUUACAUACGCAAAUUUUGCAAACACUAACCAUGCUGGGAGUGUCUGAGAUGGCCAAUCUACUAACCGUGUACACUAUAUUCGUAUGUUGGAUUGCUACACGUGCCGCGAAAGUACCGUGCCGGUUCCGUCCGCAGGAAAGUAGUAAGGUCGCCCUUAUGGAGAGGGUUCUCAAAGGUUGGCUUUGGGCACGAAUGCGAUGAUCUCAAUGCGACAGGGUGGUCGGUUUUCGCAUGAAAAUGGGAAGAAAUGCCAAAAGAAAUGGUAGCAAGAAAAAAGUGCCCCCAAACACGUGUUUGUGUCUUUGAUUCGUUUUCUUUUUCAAUACGAUCCAUACCUCACCGUGGUGUGUUCCUAGACAAGCAAAGAAAUAUAAAACAAAAAAAGGGGUACCAAAAGUGCAUCCCGUCAGUCUAACCACCAUAGAAUCCGAUAGUAAUCAAUCGUCAAUCUUCCAUACCUCUCGUGGAAUCACUUGUCUUGUAUCGGGACGCGUGAUAGAGUGUCAUACUGUCACAGGUUGUAUAGUCUCUGCUGGUCAAGGAGGGUAGUAUUAGCGACUUUCACAAUGCAAUGCAUUAAAACAGCACCGAGUGUGUUUGUGUGUGCAUCCUAUUGAGCGAGAUUUCUGAUACGAAGCCAGAUUAGAUUACGAGCAAAAAGUCGAGUGAAUCAAGGGAAAAUAUAGCAAACCCGGAAGUAGCGAGCAACAUCUAGCCUAGAUAGCGAAAAUACAACAGAUGGGGAAACUUGCUUCCUGGUUUCCGUCUCUCGUGGAAGAUUGGCGUGAUCCUCUCCGCCAAUCUUACUGGGUGAUUUUAAACAGGAAAAUUCUUUGUACGUGACGUUAAGGGACAAAGAAAAACGGAACCAUGGAUCCACAUCACUUGAAGACUUUUUUUCCGAACAGCGUAGCGAUACGGCAGGGGCACAAACGUCUGCAUUGAUACUUCCUUUCUAACGAUAAUGUUUGCAUCAAAUUGCAAAUGAAGUAGCUCCAACCCCAUAUACACCUUGGCAAGUACUAUCUCUUCAGCAGCCUGCAACAUCCAUUUCCAUUUGUCAUCGGGACGCUUUCGGCUUGAACACACAGUUUAUAGGAACACAUACAUAAUCAUCUCUGCUAGAGCACAGGAAUUAAAGUUUAAAAUAUAUAGCAAGAAGCAGGUUGAUAAAAUGUUACGCCAACAGCAACCAACCGCCGGCGGUAGUCUCUGGAAUGGUUUAUACAAUAUAAAAAUAACAACUUCUACAAGAAAAGUGACUCCGAUAAUAGGGAGGAGGAAGCUAUAGAGUGGGCGGAAGGGGUUGGCACGCUUGAAGGUUCGUCGGAAUACGCGGGCGGCUACAGAUUAAGAAGCUGUACGCAACGGUGAUGAAUUCUCGUUAGUUGAUACGUUAGCGGUUAGCGUUUGUAUGUAGGCAGAUAAUCAUUUACUUAUAUACAUCUAGACAAAACUCAUAGGAAUGAAGUGGGUGGGAUAAACGAGCAAUGAAAGAUAAAGAGGAGAGUGUGUAUAUCAGUGGUUAUUGUACAGUAAAUCGAAUCGCGUAGAAAGUGACCAUCAGAAACUGUUGUGUUUCGUUGCUGAUGAGGAAUUUGUUAGGCUCGAACAAUAAGCCCCUUGUAGCAUAUACGUUCAUGCUCCUUCCUUCGCCCCAUGGAUGUUUGCUAGCGUGGCCCGCAUCAUCCCGAUCCCGAGUGAGAGAGUGAGAGAGACACACAGAGAGCUUGUUAGAAAAGAUGCACAGCGAACGGUGUUAAAGGAUUUCCCAGUUUUGCGUUGUUUCGUUUGCCGUUGGCUGAUUAACGGUUUAUUUAUUGAACUGUAGAAACUAGUGGAAUUCAAUAUGAUAAAUAGCUCUGCAGUGUACUGUGCACGUACAUGAAUGUUUUUAUUUCCAUAUUACUGACAAGGACUAAAUCGAAAAAUUCUCGCACUGUGAAUGGUCAGAAUCCUUUUCACAGUGGAAGACACACGCAUGCAAAAGAGGGACUGGAGUAUCCCUGGAGGAAGGAGGUGGGCAUUAGGUCAAAAAACAAGCAACUGCUGCCUUCGAAGAGAACCAAUUGAUCAUUGCUAGGAAUAUAAAAGGGGUUGUUGUACUCCUUUUUUUAUAUGAUGAUAGGGGCUGUACAUUGUAGUUCUAAUUGCUUAUCGAAUGUAUUUAUCGCAUUAUCACAACCCAUCUUACGCGCUGACCAUCCCCUCCUAAGCCUGGCCCCAUGCCAAUGAACCAAAAUAUCGAGUAAUUCGAAAAAAAAAACUCGGAAAAGCCCUUCCCUCCCCACACGACAUGUACACGACGUCCAUACUCACAAUCGUUUCUCAUUUACAAACCUCCUUGUUUUCACCGUUGGAAAGUUACAAUUACACAGCAACAAACAGCCCCAAGUGAAUGUGCAACCAAAAAGUAAAAACUGAACUGGAUGUGCCACGAGACCUUCUUCAAUGUUGAACGGUCCAGCGGGAAGUGAAGGUAUGUCCUUUAGGUAUUAUGCUGUACUAGGCGACGAAGCCCGACAAAGGCGAGGUUAAUGUGAAAUGCUACACAAUUAUGCAGUAACAUUAUGCAAUAGAUGUACUAUAUAUUGAACUCAAUAAAAGCAAAAUGAUUGGAGGUUGUUUUGGAUAACGUACGACAUAACGUGCGAACGUGUGCGCAAUCUAUUUCUUCUGGGUUAAGAAAAUGGCAAUUAAAGAAAAUUUGAACGAUACAGAUGAGAAACAAUAAGAUAACUCCUAAACAAAUUAACAAUAAGGAGAAUCAAAGUAGUUGGAGGUAGGAACUGAGGAAGGAAAGAAAUGUAGUUCCGAUGCGGAAAAAGGUGACAGCACGGGGAUAGACAAAAUUGAAAACACGAAAAAGAAAGCUGGGUGAUCGCGAUGACGGUAUCUUAGAAUCCGGAAUAUGGGACAGGAGAAUAACAAAAAAAAAAUGAAAAUACAACAUUGUAUCAUUUUGUAGACCAACAAUAACUAGAA